AUGGACGAAAUUUGGUCAGAAUUUCAAAAAGCCCAAAAUGAUGUGCUGGAAAUAAGAAAAGAAAUCAAACAGAAAUUAAAAUCCAUGUCACAAUUAUCAUCAGGCUCACUCACGCAAAACAGUGCAAAUGCUACUAGAUCAUUGGAUGAGCUAGAAAAGGACUAUCAUAAUAAAUAUUUGUACAUGACGCAAACUUCCCAACAAUAUGAUCUAUUGACUUGCAUAAAAAAUGCUAAUGGUGAAGAUUCUUCUUUUGUAAAUGAUUUGUUGAAAAGUCAUAUCAUCAAAACGAAAGAUGGUGACCAGAAAAAGUCGGCUAACGACGAUUUAACGCGCAUGAGCUGUAUGAUGCUCGAACUUCCAUUCGUGGUUGAACAUGCAUAUCAGAAAAACGGUCAACGGUCUCUGGUCUUGCAGUGGUAUUCGAAAUUAACAAAAUGCCAGGAUGUUCAAAAAGGGAAUGCGGCCCAGUCGAUACAAGAUAUCCUGACUAUAGAUAGAGUAGCCUAUGACAUUGAAUAUACACAAAACAAUGAUUUGGAGAUACUCGCAUUCAGUACGCGAAGACAUGGACAUUCUAUCCGCAUUAAGAUCACUGGAAAUUCCAAUUUUGAGACGUGUGUUAUUGGUUUUGAUUAUCAUUUAUCAAACUCGUAUAGUAAGUUCCAACAAAUCUACAAGGCUGAAGAUGGAAAGGGUUUUAACUUGACAGAAUUUAUCAUCCAUGAAGUCUGGAAUGAAAUGGAUAAAGAAUUUUACACAAGUUGA